AUGAUCCCUCAAUCAGUCGCAGAUGCUUUCAACGCGCAGAACCUUAUGUACCAGCAAAUGCCGGUCCUCCUUCCACAGCAGCCGUUCGAACGCUACUCGGAAAACGACAACGGCGCGGCAAUCUUCGCUGUCGAGUUUGAGAGUCUUUUCGACGGGGAAGCCAACUCGGAGAGGAAGCUGCAGAUUUUGCACAUUGCAUGCGACAAAGUCAUCCGAUACCGUCGCCAUGAUGGCUAUCGUCUGUUUCCACCCGAGGACUUCUACGAGUACCUACUCCAGAAUGAGCCUGACCGCGACGAGACCACGCCGAUUGCGACGCGUUGUGCUAAAUGGUUUCAUUCCAUCACCCCUAGCGAUGCUGAUCUUCGCAUUGAUGAGCUCCUUGAGCUUCGCAAGUCGCUGACCACUCCGAGCCCUCCUGAUUUGAGACACGUGAACUUCCCGAAGCAGACGGCUCCGGCCAGCAAGGGGAAGGCAAAAGCGUCCGAGAUCACCGAUCAUCAGCACCCCCUCAUUGCGCGCGAAAUGGCCAAUCCUGCGACUAUGGGCUACCGCAGCCUCAUUCGUAGCAUGGAGCAUUUUGACGAACUAGAAGAGGCGUACGACAACCACAUUCGAAAGGAUGCGUUGGAGAGCCCUACUGAGACCGACGCGACCUGGCCUGUGUCGCAAGAGAUGCAGUAUGGCUACAUUGGCCAGGCCUUUGCAGCCAUCUUUGACACGGCCAGCUUUGCCGAGAAGACUGCCGCGCUGGCAAAGCAAGCUCGAAUCGACGAAACCAAUGUCGCCACUCAGGAGACGCCGGCAGAGUGCCAGACGGGUGCAUCCAAGAAGCGCAAGCUUGACCACGGCGCGUCCCACGGCCUGAAGCGACUCGAAAAGCUGAACACUGCCGAGACGGUCCUCGCCGACCCGAAAAGCACCCCGCAGCAACAACUGAAGGCUAUCAUACACUAUGACCUCACAGACUUCGAGGCUGAAUUGCUUCAGGCUCAGAAGCAGCAAGAAGGGUUCACAAUGAAGGCACCUUGGGGUGGCAAGACAGCCCGCGUGUGGGAAAGAUACGACUCUUUCGAAGAACGCUGGAACCGGAUUUGUCUGAUAUUGAAGACAAACAAGCAACUUCUCAAUUCGCUCAUCCAAGUGGACUGGUUUGCGCGAACAGCGUCGGCUCCCUUGACCGAGCUGAAGGCCAAAGCCAGCAACCGCGUGCUCAACGCGAAGCGCGACGAAGAGAGUCGUGUUGGUAGACGCGUCAUCAAAAGCAGUAAGACCGGCGUGACGGAACAGGGAGACGAGCACUUGGAUUGA